AUGUUCAACAUAUAUACUCGAGGAUUCUCCAAGAAGGCCGGUUGGUCAUGGAUAAAAAACAGGAGGGGUAGGAAAAAAAUAAUUUCAUUUGCAUACCCACCGAAGGAAAGAAGCAGCAUCGUGAAGCUGACGGACGAAAGUGACAAACUAGUGUUCGUAUGUAACGGGAAAUUAAGAAACACUUUCAUGACAACGGUGAAAAGCAUGAAAGAAACAAAAUGUGUAGUGAAGAACGACGCCAUUUAUACACCUUGUUUGGUUGUGUCAAAGGCCAAGUGUCACACCCUACUGGAGAGCUUCACCUACGAUGAGAUUCUGCACUUGGAACAAUUGGCCCCUCGCAUUUUGCAAGCGUUUGAAGAAGCACAAAGCAAGAUACACCAAGAUGGGCAAAACAGGGUGCUCAGUAAGCACCAAGCUGUGAAGUUUAGGCUGGUCGAGUAG